AAAGCUCGCUGGAGCUUUAUUUUCAGCACAUAUAUGUACCGGAAAGGAGGGCCUCACGAUCCGCUCGCACCGCCGCUCUCGCCAGCGCCUUCCGCCGGGGGCGCGGCCAGGGCGGGCAGAGGAGCUCGCGGAGGCGCCCACGCAGCCAGUGCUGGCAUAGCGCGCCUCCGGCCAAGGAAGCCCAGCCCGGGAAGAAAAACGCGGGCCCGCGGGGCGUGCCAUAGCGACCCGCCUGGAACCCCUCCCGCGCCGCCCUACGGCCCCGGCUCCGACCCUCUGCGCCUUUCAGACCCCUUCUCCGGCCCCUGCUCCCCGCCGCGCCUCCGCCUUAAGAGGGGAUGGGAGCGCAGAGAGCCCAGCGCUCUCCUGUCGCUUGCGCCACUGCCUCAGUUUUAUUUUUCCUUCACCCGGCUCCUCGUCUGUCUGGAAUCACGGCUUCCUGCUUUCCAUAGGACGGGAGUGUUUGUGCUCUGCCAUGCUUGUUUGUCCGGCUGCCUGCCUUGGGGCCAGCCAGCUGCGGACUGCAACCUGUGCGAACUCUCAAAUCAAUGUCUUAUGCUACGGGUUCCCAGGGACCCCCAGCCGGCUCCUUCCCUGACCUUCCCUACUUGGCCACUGAAGACUGAAACUACACCAAGGCCUUGGAGACACAUUGGACCAUUUCGAACAUAGAGCAUCAGCUGAGCAGAAUCCCAGAGGACGCCUGGAUGUCCUCCCCUGACUAUUCUUCGGCUUCACCAACAGCCUUCAUUCGGUCUGCCUCGAUCUUUCUUGAUUUCACCCAAGGGUCCCCACCUUCCAGUCAUUUUUUUUGUUUUAAAGAGAAAAGAGCUUUGGACCGGCUACCUACCUUGCAGGCACCUGGAAGGAGGGCCCCCGGCACCCGGGAAGCCACAAGGUGGGGAGCUCUGGCCCUUGGGCCGGCCCCCAGCCUUGCAGGCACCCAGAAGGAGGGGCUCCAGUGCCCGGGAAGCCAUGCGGCAGGGAGCACCAUUCUUUGGGCUGGCUCCCUGCCUCACAGGCACCUGAAAGGAGGGCCCCAGGCACCUGAGAAGCAGCACAGCAGGGAGUGCUGUCGCGUGCCUGCCCUCAGGCCGGCCGCCACUGCUCAAUUGAAACCUACCAUGACACAGAGAAAUAAUGACACA